AUUAUUUUUAACUCCCAAUAAACAAUAUUUGUUGUGUGGUUGCUAUUUUAGUUUGUUUUAGGCUAAAUCUAAGAGAAGGUUCAGGCACAAAAAGCUGGCAUUUUCUAGGGCAGAUCCAAAGAUUACUCAAAACAAACCCUGCAUGGACAGUUACUUGGGCUGUCCAGAGCUUAAGUUCAUACUGUGUAACGAAAGUUAGAGCUCCAUCAGGGGAAGACGAUGUCCAUCUGGACUACAGUCCGGGCGAUAGUUCAGCCGGGCAGGGCUUUCCUUCGAAAUGCCCACAUUUGUCCAAAGGGAGUUAGGCUCAGCAGCGGGAGCGGACAGUCGCACAGGCGGAGGGUUGUGGUUACGGGCCUUGGGCUGGUUUGCCCUCUAGGCACCGGCUGCAAUCUGCCCUGGGAGUGUCUGAUCCAAGGUCGGAGCGGGAUUGUGGCUCUGGAGUCUGAGGACUACCGGGGCCUCCCCUGCAGGGUGGCAGCUCUGGUGCCUAGAGGCGCUGAUGAGGGCCAGUUUAAGGGGGACCGGUUCGUCUCUCGGGGGGAAAUCAGCAACAUGUCUGCAGCUACUGUGAUGGCCCUGGGAGCAGCACAGCUGGCUCUGGAGGACGCAGCCUGGUUCCCUGAAAGCCUGGAGGAGCAGCUCAGCACGGGGGUUGCAGUUGGCAUGGGUAUGGUGUCACUGGACGAUAUUGCCAGCACCUCUGCUGCCUUCCAGGAGAGGGGCUACAAGAAAGUGAGCCCCUUCUUUGUUCCCCGCAUCCUUGUUAACAUGGCAGCUGGGCACAUCAGCAUCAAGCACAAACUGAAGGGACCCAACCAUGCUGUAUCCACAGCGUGCACCACAGGAGCUCAUGCCGUUGGUGAUGCAGCCAGAUUCAUUGCUCAUGGAGAUGCAGUUGCUAUGGUUACGGGGGGGACGGAAUCCUGUGUCGGGCCUCUCUCCAUAGCAGGCUUUGCUAGAGCCCGAGCACUUGCCACCAAGUGGAACGACAGACCAACACUGGCCUCAAGGCCCUUCCACCCAGAAAGAGAGGGCUUUGUGAUGGGGGAGGGAGCAGCGGUGCUCCUGCUGGAGGAGCUGGAGCACGCUGUGAAGAGAGGAGCAAGGAUCUAUGCAGAGAUCCUGGGCUACGGGCUCUCAGGGGAUGCCAGUCACAUAACAGCCCCUUCUGCAGAUGGAGAUGGAGCUUUCAGGUGCAUGUCCGCGGCGCUCAAAGAUGCAGGCAUCUCCCCGGCAGACGUCACAUACAUCAACGCUCACGCCACCUCCACGCCUUUGGGGGAUGCUGCCGAAAACACUGCCAUCAAGAGGCUCUUCUGUGAAACCACAGAGACUCUGGCUGUGUCAUCCACCAAGGGAGCCACCGGGCAUCUGCUGGGAGCUGCUGGCGCCCUGGAGGCUGCCUUUACCGCUCUAGCCUGCUACCACGGAGUGCUGCCCCCAACCCUAAACCUGGACCGCACAGAGCCAGAGUUUAGCCUCAAUUAUGUCGCCUGCAAGGCGGAGCCGUGGCGGACUCUGGGCCGCCGGGUGGCUCUUACCAACUCGUUUGGAUUUGGCGGCACCAACGCCUCACUGUGUCUAAGCAGCAUGUGAUCUCCCUCUGUGACCCGCAUCCCGGAGUGACUAACGGUCUCUAAAACUGUUCUCAGGAUUUCCUCAGUGAGCUCAAGCUGUGAUGUUACUGAUUGAAAAGGAUCAGAUCAUUUGUUUCACUGAUCUCUUUCUCAUGAUUUCUCAUGAUAAUUUUAUAAAUAUCUGCACCCUUUUUGACUUUAGUUGCCAUGUCCAUCUCAUAGUGACUUCACUGAUUUAGAGUGCACUGCACUUCAAUUUUUACCUGAGCUAAAAUGUUCAGGGAAAAAAAACUGCAACUGCCAUUGUUCAGGUGUUUUUGAGGAGCGGUGGGGACAAAAUGACAAUACUUUUCUCUGCAUAAAAAAAAGAAACUCUUUAAAAACAUCAGUGAUGUUGAGUCCAUCCUCUUUAAGGUGAUGUUCCUACUGUUUAGAUCACAUAAGCUUGCUCACUUCUACAAACUCUAAUUCAAGAUUCUGAAAACAUGACGUUUGUGAGAAUUAUUCAAUUCAGCUGAAACAUUUGAUGCAGAAAGUAAUUUUUAACACCCGAAUAAUUCUCUUAAUUUUUAUUAAAUUAUUGACAGAAGUCUAGUUAUCUUGACUGGCUCCUCUUGAUGUGGAGGAGCAGUGUUCUGCAGCGCUACAGGACAGUAGUGGCUGACCAUGGUUGGAUUUCCCUCCAGGCUGUUUAUGCCAUCAUUUCACUAAACCCGAAAACACUCUGAGGUACAGGGAGCGAUUUAACAGCCUUUGACUACAUUUUAUUAGCUCAACACCCCACCCCACCCCCACCCCCCUUACAGCCAACUCUACUCCCUAGCCUAGUGCCUAUAAAAGGAGUAGAUGCUGUUUCGGAUGGCUGACACUUGCAUUUGUGUGUAUUUCUGAAGUCUCCAUUUAGAUUUAAUAUCCAUUCUUCUUUCUUGUCUGAAUUCAUUUCCCACAGAAAAUCUAAAUCCACCUUUUCCUCUGUUCUCUGAACAUGAGAUAUGUUGUGAAUGUCACCUGUUGACCUGCAUUUCUUUGUGUAGUGCUCCCCCUUGUGGUGCUUUUGGCACUAUGCAUUCUGUCUGGUUGUUUGACAUGCUUCUUUUGCUGCUCACAUCUGUAUCACUCAGUCAGCUUUCAAUCUGGUUUAUUUUUCACUCUUUUGUUUACCUUUGUACACUUUCUUUUGCAUGAUUAGACAGUUGUACUAGUAGCAUCAGUAGCUGGAUGGUCAGUCUGUUGUGGGCUAUGGUAGAUAACUCCCAAAAGGAGUAGGUGGGCCAACAGGCUAGGUCCACUAGUAGGUAUCCAGAGAGCCACUUUGUGUCAGUUUGCUCUUAAAGAUAGGCUGGAGAAAAAGCUGAGCUUGUCUGCUCUAACGUGGAAGUCUGUGCUCUGUAGCCAUAACCUGUGCAAAUGGAGAGCUGAUUAGUUAAAAAAAAAAGUUUGCUCACAUCAGUCCAUGUUUAACAACUCCAUCCCACUUCUUAGCUCCAUCCUGCAAACCCUCUGGAUACUUCUCCAUGCUCCCCAACCACACCAUCACUCUCUCCUGUGGAAAUGAGUUUGUUCUUCAAAUAACUAAAGGUGAACUUCAGAUGAAACCCCUAAUAGUCAGAGUGAAGCAAGGGAUGGGCGAUGUAUCGGUGCCAGCCGAUAAUUGCAUAUCUUCUCACUCUUUCGGCUUUUCCCAUCAGGGGUCGCCACAGCGAAACAACCUCUCCUUCGAGGACGAGUCGCAUGGUUAACUUGGCAAUGUUUUACCCCGGAUGCCCUUCCUGACGCAACCCUCUCAAUAUAACUGGGUUUGGGACCGGCACAGAAGCAGAGAAUGGAACAGGGAGCAGCCCGGAUUCAAACCCUGGUUUCACGGACGGAAGGCACCGCAAACCAGCACGAGCUAAACUGGCUCCCAAAACAGCCAAUAAUUGCAUAUAUGGGUAUUAAAAAAGCUACUGAUAUUCUUCUGAUUGUUUUCAGAACCAUUUUUUUUAAAUGUAUACUUGUUUCUAAUAGAUUGGGAAGCUUAUGUUUACAUUCAUUGUCAGUGCUUGACUGUUUUCAGGUAAAUGUUAUUUUGGAUAGGGAAACAUGUUGUUCCUAAUAGAUCCCUGGCAAUGGGGAGCUUAUGGUUCACAGUUAUGUCCAAUAUUCAAUAAAUGGUCUGAAUGCUUUCAGAUAUAUUUAUAUGAAGGUUUUGAAGUGAUAUUUGUACCUAUGAACAUCCUUUGCUGUAUGUUAAAAAAGGUCAAGUACAAUAUGAUUGUCCAGUAAAAGAAAAGUUGUGCAUUUCUAAUAAAGAAACAAAAAGGACUUUG